AUGUUUUGGCACGCAGCCGUAACGGCAUCGCUGCUACUUGCUGGUCAUGUUAGCGCAGGAAUUAUGGAUAUGAAGCCAGUGGUUCGCCGAGAUAAUCAGGAGGAGAUGUUAAGGCGAUAUAUGGAUAAUAUUAUUGAAGAUCGCCGGAGAUCUAUCACGGAUGCACCAGCAACCACAGCAGCUACGAACGCUUCGGACUGGAACACUCAAACUGAGGCAGCAUGCACUCAAGCUCUUGAUUUAUUGAAUGGACAGGCUACCAAUCCAUCUGGCUUGGCAGUUUGUUAUAACUUGCCAUAUGCCGACAACAGUACUGGAGUUUUCAAGGCUGACCUCCGAAUUUACAAUGUCUCUGCUCCCACAGGAACGUUUGCCAAUAUUCCAAGUCAGGAUGUUCAGGUUGGAUUGAGUUACGAAGGAGCUACAGUAUCGGCUGUUAAUAUGUCGACGUUGAUGGCCAGAAGCGAUGGUACAUCUAUAAUUUCAUGGCCACGAGUAAACUUAAAGCGACAAUCAACAACAAACACCACCACAGGAAGGACCAUAACUUUAGUUCAAUCAUAUGCUUUCGUUGGCCAAAUGAAUAAGGAAUAUAUUGGCAUGGAUAUGGACAGCUCAACCAUGGAAGCACUAUUAACUCCAACGGUGACUUUGACUGGCAGAGAUGUCUCCGGUGGAACCGUGAAUACAACUCUUAAUACCAACCAAGCAUCUUUCGUCAAUGGUCAAUUCUCCACACAAGCAGCUGGAGUUACUAAAACUGUCGCUCAACCACCUAUUCAAACUCUCGUCGUCGCCUCUGAAUCUCCUUUCGUGGUUCCAGGUCUUAAUAUUCUGAUCUUCCCAAUUGGUGGCGUCAUCACAGGUGUAUGGGCAAUUCUAUUCAUUAGUACUAUUUCCUACGGUACCAUCGGUAGAAUGCAAUUCAGAGACCAAUUCAGAUCAAGAACCGCUAGAGCUUCAAAGGAAAACAUGUCACGAAUUUAA